UGGUAUUUAGCUUGCAGAGAUUGUGCCAGAAAAGUGGCACCCAGAUGUGGCCGUUUUGAAUGUCUCAAUCCAGCAUGUAAAACCCGACAUGAUGCAGUGAUGAGAUACAAAGUCAAGAUUAGAAUUAUGGACAAAACAGCAAAUGCUGCAUUCAUCCUAUGGGAUACUGCUUGCCAAGAACUAUUCGGGAAAAAGGCAGCUACCAUCGUUGGGGACAUGAAAGGGGAAGAUGGUUUUCCUUUGGAAAUAUUAAACUUGAUAGAAAAGAAAGUGAUUUGUUUGGCUCAAGUGCAAAACGAUAGCACCAAAAGGGGUGAAGUUGCUUUUAGUGUUCAGAAGAUUAAACUUGAAAAAGAUAUCAAUGCACAGGAACCUGGGGAAUCUUCACAUGCUAAG